AUGGCCGACACCGCGCCAAAAGUCGCAGCAGAGGAGCGUCGCGAGUCUCUCGCUGCGGUGGAUCGCAAAGCCGAGGCUCUCGCAAAGCAAAUCAAAAAGAGCAAGCACUUUAUUGUAUUCACCGGUGCAGGUAUAUCUACAUCUGCGGGAAUCCCUGACUUUCGUGGCCCCGAUGGCAACUGGACUCUCCGAGCCCAAGGCAAGCCACGAACCAAGCACGCCAACACCCUGCAAGCCAUUCCCACGAUAUCGCAUAUGGCACUUGUAGAACUACAGAACCGCGGGAUUUUGAAGAUUCUUGUCAGUCAAAACUGUGAUGGACUUCAUCGACGAAGUGGCAUCCUGCCUGAGAGAAUCGCCGAACUACAUGGGAACAGCAACCGUGAAGCCUGUAACGAUUGCAACAAGGAGUACAUUAGAGACUUCCGUGCUGUUUCGACCUACGAGAAUGGCAUCCACGACCACCGAACGGGCCGUAAGUGCGCACGUUGUGGCGGAACCCUGAUCGAUAGUAUUAUCAACUUCGGAGAGGACCUCCCAAAGCGAGACUUGGAUCUAGCUUACCAACAUGCGGAAUUGGCUGAUCUCUGUCUCGUGCUGGGAUCCUCAUUAACAGUCACACCGGCCUGCAAAAUCCCCACGAUACCUGGGGAGCGCAAAGGCGCAAAACUCGCCAUAUGCAACUUGCAAAGGACACCAGUAGACGAUAUCACAGAUUAUCGCAUCUUUACUGAAACAGACAUAUUGAUGGCCAAGCUUAUGGAGAAGCUAGACCUACCUGUGCCGCCAUUCAUCCUGCGACGACGUCUCAUAGUCAAGGUUGAGACGCAGGAGGAAGAUCGACAUAAAGUGGAAGUCACUGGAGUUGAUAGUGAUGGAACACCAGUUACUUUCCUUCAGUCGGUUAGGCUAGAAGGGAGUCGACGUGUUGCUCGCGCGGAGCCAUACAUUAUUCACGUUCGCGACACGGUACAGCCAGGUUCAGAGUUGAGAUUCGACCUCGAGUUUAUGGGUCACUACAAUGAGCCCAAUCUUGAGCUUGCUCACUUGUACAAUGAUAGCGAAGAGGUUCUAUAUUUGCUGGAGUACGACCCUCAGACUGGAAAGUGGUCAACUGAAAGACAGGAGAUCCCGCAACGCGCUGUAGAGUACAUAGUCUUGGAUCCUUGA